AUGUGCUUUUUAUUCUUGAUCUUGACAUUAGCUGAGGCAACACUUCAAGCACUUAAUUUACAUCUACCACCAUGGAUAUUAAAUGGCAUUGCCUUUAAAGAUCUAUCUGCAGCUGGCCAGCAAAUAGAUUUAAGACUACAGCAACUCUUCUUUUGGUCAAGGCAAUACGUUUUACUCAGAAAACAGAACUGGGCAAAUACAGCAAAAGCAAGAGCCCAUUACAUAAGCUUUUACAAUAGCAUGUGGCUAGUUGCUAAUGAUAUCAUCAUUGGUAUUGCUCUAGGUUCAUUUCUAACUGCAAAUAAAUAUGUAUUAGCUGAAAGGCUUCAUGAUAUAUUAAAUAAAUACACUGUCAAAUCUCUAGAGUCGAUGGUAUCAUGGUUCUUGGAAUCACCCGCAGGCCUAAAAUUAAACCAAGAACUAGCUUAUUUCUUGAGCGAACUCUUUCUCUGGCUUCUUCGCUUGUGGACGCUCUGCCCUCAAGCCAUUGAACGAUUCACACCACAGAUCAUCCAUGCUAUUGGACUAUCUGGUAUAUUUGGAGUGACGAUGCUCAUUUCUCUAUCUUCGGAUUUUUUAGCAUUCAUGACUCUACACAUCUAUUGUUUCUAUAUGGUAGCAGCGCGAAUAUUUAAUUGGCAGCUAGUUAUUCUCUAUUCUCUAUUCAAUUUAUUUCGUGGCAAGAAAAAGAAUGUUCUUCGUAAUAGAAUUGAUUCGUGCGAUUAUGACUUGGAUCAACUCUUGCUAGGCACCAGUCUCUUUACUCUUUUAACCUUUCUAUUCCCCACUGUAUUUGUAUAUUAUCUAACCUUUGCUCUAGGUCGUGUUGGCAUCAUAAUUCUGCAAGCGAUAAUGGAAACAGUACUCGCGUUCUUUAACCAUUUCCCAUUGUUCGCCAUCAUGCUUAGGAUUAAAGACCCCCAUAGAUUACCAGGUGGCCUUCAAUUUCAUAUAUUCAGUUUAGAUUACUUUGCACAAAAGCAGCAUACCAUCUUUUAUAAAUUGUGGAUAUCAUUGACAAAAAAGAAACAUAAACCAGCCCUAAGAAAAACCAAGAAACUGCCAAGGAAACGAGCUACUAAUUUGCCCAUUUCGAUGAGUGCCAUAUUUUUUCAGUACAUGUUAUUAUGGAAGAGAUUAAGUGCUCACUAUUUCUCGGCCUAUGUGUUCAAAUGUUUGCUUUAUGGUGAGCCUAUCAAGCCAACACCAAAACUACAGUACCCAAUGCUUCCGGAUACACGGUAA